AUGAAUUCUACGAGCAUGAGCUCUACGGUGCCGACAAUCAAGUGCGAGGACACGUCGCCGUCGCCGGCGGCGGCCGUGGCCACGGACGGAGACACCGCCAGCACCUACAACCUCAGCGUCAACGUCAACCUCAGCGCCGCCAUGAUCAACAUGCUGACGGCUGAAACCGCUGGUCCCACUACCCUAAGAACCCCCGAAAUCGUCAACGAUGUCAUCACCAUGACCAACCCUUUGGACCAGUACAACUACGACAAAAAUUCCAGUUUCAAGAGUGCCAGCGGAAAUGACUCCAACUCCUCCAUGUCAAACGGUUCGUCAGCUACUUCACCAGCUUCAAGCACUCCGCCGAGUAUACAAAAGACGUGUUCGGAACUAAUAAAGGCUGGUCUGAAGUUGUCGAUAGAGUCAAAACGGAAGAUGUCUGGGAGUGACACGGACGCUGGCAUGAAGAGGAUGAAGAAGGAGGAGAGCGAUGAUGACUACGACAGUAGCCACACACUCACCAACAAGUCCGAUGGGCUCACACCAGAGGACGAGGAGCGUAGGCGGCGUAGAAGAGAACGAAAUAAGAUAGCUGCAACAAAAUGUCGGAUGAAGAAACGAGAGAGGACGGUCAACCUGGUCACUGAGAGCGAGGUGUUGGAGAAUCAGAACAUAGACCUUAAGGCCCAACUUAAGGACUUGGAAGUUCAAAAGCGUCGGUUGAUGGAUAUGUUGACGAUCCACGCAGCGUCAUGCGUGAAGUCAAAUAAUUCCAACACGAGGCAGUCUCCAACAACGCCGUACAACAUGAUCGGCCCCUACGACUCACCGACAACAUUCCCAGUGUCGUUCGACGCGCACUCGCCCUACAUCCGACCAGAGUCGGCCAAUAUACUCACGUCCAGCUAUACAUGUGUCACCCCACUCAAUGGGGACUCAUCUAUCGACACCAUAUCGUCCUUAGAUACCAUCUACGUAGCGCCUCAGCUGACAGACCCUGAAUACAAUCGACCCGACAGUGUUCUCAGUCUGCCCCCAGCUUCGGAACGCAGUUAUGUCACCACAGACGGCUACCUCCCAAAGUCUACGAAUCUUCUCGUCCCGAUCGACUCGGAACAGGAUUAUUACGAUCCUGAGGCGAAUUACAAUCUGGGGAACCAGCAGUGCCACACAUACCCUAAUACGAUCCCCGAAGCGUCAAGCAAACUCAAUAACGGCCUUAAUGAUGGAUGCCUCGUGUAG